AUGAAGUUUCAUUACUUCUACUUUUAUAAAAGAGGUCUAGAGAUUAAAAGGUGCAUAUGGCAAGGGAUUUUCUCAUUCUUGUCGAGGGAGGGCCAACCAGAGAGAGUUGAGGGCACAGAGGCGGUGGAGGUACUCCGCGUUGGCCAGGAAACACCGUGCAGCUUGACGGGUGGCGAGGAUCUGGUGGAACCGAUGAAUGGUUUGGUACCUCAGAUGAUCAACCUGAAAGAGAAUGGAUCUUUAGAACAAAGAAAUUGCAAUGAAAAAGGCAGCAAGGCUGAACAGAAAGCUAAGAAGAAACAAGUUGAUGAAGAUAUAUCUAAGCUUUCAACGAAGCUCAAAGAAAGACACGUGGAGGAACUGGCUUCUACAGGAUAUAGCAGUGCUGCUGAGAAUGGAAGAGGAAAUCUUGACAAUUUGGUAAAGGCCAUUGCUGGGGUUUCAAUCACAAAUCAAGCUUACCAUUCAAAACCUAGCAAGGGUUCAAGUGGCGUGAGAAAAGAUCUCAACAGGAAGCUGCCAGAGAAUAAAGAACACAAGAAGAGUAGAGCAAGAUGCUAA